AUGUCUUCUAAGACAGGAAAUUUCAAAAAUCCUUUCUCUAGACCAUGGAUGACGGAAACUGGAGCAGCGGCAGCGGCUGGUAGUGGUUCCGUUGGACUCAAAGGAGUCGUGGCUGGCGGCAUUACUGGUGGCAUUGAAAUUUGUAUAACAUUCCCUACCGAAUAUGUGAAAACACAGUUACAAUUAGACGAAAAAGGUGGUACCAAGAAAUACACUGGUAUCUUUGACUGUGUCAAGAAAACUGUAAAAGGUCACGGUGUCCUCGGGACUGUACCGAGGUCUCAGUGUUUUGCUCUAUGGCUCCAUCCCAAAGUCUGCUGUCAGAUUCGGUGUCUUCGAACAAGCGAAACUGUACAUGGUGAACGAGAAUGGAACUCUAUCUAA